ACAAGUGUUUGAAAAAUUGCAAGCAUAGAUUACGUUUUGUUACAUCGAUCUCAUCGCGCGUUCGCGUUCACAGCUCCGUGACAUGGUUGACCUACAAUAGAGUGCGUGGUAGCAAGCUGGCUGAUCGUGUUUAAUCAGCCUCAGUGUACAGUCUGGUCCCGGGCGCGUCUAACGUGUCUUUCGUUCGGUUUCAACCACAUCAUGUCGAUCAAGUUCAACGAGCACAACCAUCCCACGCUGGAGCUGGACGGGGGCUUCCACGUGUGUCUGCACCGGGCCGUCUACGACGAAGAUCUGCAGCUCCGUACCUCCGCCUCCGAAGAUUUGUCCGAAGAAACGGCCAAAGCCCUGGCCGACCUGCGUCGCCUCGUGACCGCGACGCCAAACCUUAACUUUCCGCUGGAACUGUCCACCAACUGGAUGGUUCCGGUGUACCUGCGGUGUUGCGAGAACGAUGCCAAAAUUGCCUUCGACAUCCUGGACUACAGCUACCGGCUGCUGUACCGCGAGAACGAGUUCACAAAGUCGUACGCCCAGAUCCGGCACGUGUUCGAGCUGGGGCUGAUGCGGUACUUGCCCGAGUGUACCGACGACGGUGCCGUCAUUGCCGUGAUCCAGAUGGGACGUGUCUGGGACACGUCCAAGGUGUCCCUCGUUGAGUUCAUCGCCGCCAUCCGGCUGACCGGAAUCGCCACAAUGCUGCACCGGAACGCCCAACAGAACGGCGUCCAGCUGAUCCUGGACGUGGACGGGCUCUCGAUGGGGCAAAUCACCAACUUUACGCCCCGCUGCUGCAGCUACCUGUUCAGCCUGAUGGACUACUGCACGCCGGUCGUGACCAAGGGGCUGCACGUGGUCAACAACGGGAUGCUGUUCAACGUGCUGUUUUCCACGCUGAAACCCUUCAUGAGCCGGGAUCUGCGCUCGAAAACGGUGAUGCAUGGGAAAAGCUGGCACUCGCUGGCGAAGCACAUCAAACCGCGCUUUUUGCCACCCAAAUACGGCGGGAGCUCGUCGGCACCGGACUAUGACGGGGAACUGUUUGCCAAGCUGUUCCAGCACUACGAGGGGUACUUCAAUGAGUACGACUCGUACGGGUUCACCGGAAAUCCAGAUUCGAAGUAAUAAAAUCGUUAAAAAAAAAGUGUGUAAUUCAUAAGAUUUUAAAAUAAUACUUUAAGCUGCA